UCGGCCCUGCUCGCGCUGAGCGCGGUUUGGUCACAUUGUUUGAUCAUCUCGCUCAUCAUCUGCCCCCUCGGUGCGGAAUACACCUGGACCGGGUCGAGGGGAGCCGUCCUGGCCGAGGAGACCCCAGCUCGCCUUAUUUUUUGUUUUGUUUUUAUUUUUAAUCGGGAGUGGACAGUAAUAUGUCCAGGCGAAAACAGACCAACCCCUUCAAAGUUAACUGGCCAUUCCACACUUCAGGCAUCCCAGGACUUCAGCACACGAUUAACAUGGACGGCAGGGACGAAUUCACCGAAGACAGUGAAUGCUGCAGUAACAACUCCCAGGAAAUCCAAGGGCAGGAUAGCCUGUCAGAAGACAGCGAUAGCGACCCCGACAACCACUGUGAAGACUCCUCAUCCAACGCCUCGGCCGACGACCACAUGACCACCAAGAGAACACAGUGCCGCCUGCAAGGAGCGGGAGUCAAAGAGGAGAGCGAGGAAGGGACAGACCACAGCAACACCUUUGUUUGUCCUCUCUGCACGCUGGAUUUCAGCAGCCCUGAGAAGCUCAUCUCCCAUGUCUACCAGCACACAACUAUGAUGAGCAACACCAAGAGCUAUGUGUGCCCGGUGUGUGGGCGAGCCCUGAGUUCGCCUGGCUCACUUGGACGGCAUCUUCUCAUCCACUCCGAGGACCGCCUCUCCAACUGCGCUGUCUGUGGUGCGCGCUUCACGGACACCAACAACUUUAACAGGGAGAAGCUGAAAGAAGUCCUGGACACCAGCAGGAUGGAGGUCUCCUGUGGGCGGGACCCCUGCUCCAUGCCCCACUCGCUGUCCAGCAGCCCCAUGAGCAGCCCGGGCAGCGGCUCCCAGUCCUGUCACGGAGCCGGCCCCAGCCCCAGCUCCUGUCAGGGGCCCCGCUCCUGUCAGGCACCUGGACCCCAUCUCCCCCCGUGCCAGGGCCACCGCUCCUGCCAGGGACCCGGCCCCCUCCCGGGCCAGUGCCAAGGCCCCAGGCCGUGUCACGGCCCGGGCUCGGACCAAGGACCAUCUUUCCCUUCGCUGCCCGACAGUCUCCUGUCCGAGGGGCCGUCGCUGGCGUCGAUCCCCGACGCUCUCAACUCCUCCUCCUCGAGCCUUCCUCCGAUCCCCGACAUCCUGAGCCCGAUGCCGGUGUUCCCCGCCGGAGUGCUGCUGGUGUGCAACAGCUGCGUGGCCUACCAGCAGCUGGUGGAGGCCCAGUCGCCGAUGCGCAAAUGGGCGCUGCGCAGGAAGAACGAGCCCCUGGAGGCCCGGCUGCAGCGUCUGGAGCGCGAGCGCACGGCCAAGAAGAACAAGCGGGCCUGCGAGACGGAGGAGGAGCGGGAGAUGAGGCGCCUGCGCGACCGCGAGGCCAAGCGGAUGCAGCGGAUGCAGGAGUCGGAGGAGCAGCGGGCGCGCCGGCUGCAGAGGGACAGGGAGGCCAUGCGUCUGAAAAGAGCCAACGAGACGCCGGAGAAGAGGCAGGCCCGGCUGAUCCGGGAGCGGGAGGCCAAGAGGAUCAAGCGGCGCCUGGAGAAGAUCGACCCCGCCCUGAGGACGCAGAUCGAGCACGACCCCGCCGCCAUGGCCGCCCUCACGGCCGACAUGAGCCUCUUCCAGUUCCCCUGCCCGAUGCCCGUCUCCUCCAUCGACAACGGACUGUUUAUGAAGCUGCCGUGAACAGAGCGCCGGGCCGCCGGCGGGCUUCUCUCGGCGCGGUUGACCUCUGCACGGCGGCCUCAGUGAACCAUUCCCAGCUGGAUUUCUCCCAGCUUCCUCUGUUUCUAACAGAUCCACAUGCAAACUGCUUUGUUAAAUACCGAAAAAAAAAAAAAGAAGAAAAGAACUUGUUCAAUUCCUAAUUUAUUCCUGUAACGAAGCCUUGGAAACAGGGUUGAGAAUGUUUCCCGUUUGGCUUCAGAGCAUGUUGUAAAGAGAUUUAUUUGUUCGUCGACGGACGAGCAGAUUUGAAACAGUUCAUUAUUCUCAUCAGAGCAGUUUUGACUUCCUCUGAGGAAGACGAGUUUUUUGCACAUGGACCUUCAGUGUCGGGAGCGGGGGACUUGGUAGCCACGGCCCCUUCCUCUUCGGUCCACUCCGCCGGUCCAGCGACUCGCGUUUCGUCGGUAGCUACACCUCUCCCCUCUCCACGCUGCUGCCGCGGGUCCCUGGGACGAUCACCUUCAGUCAAACUACCUCAACCGGCGCCGCGGCGGCGCCCUCUGUCCUGUGGCUUACUGCGUUCCGACUCCAGGCUUCCAAAGCUCCACAUGUACUGUACACGACUACAGGGGAUGCAGGUUGUUUUAUUCUGUGUUUUUGACUUUUCAUUCAGGCACUUUAAUAGGAACGCAAACAUCGACGAGAGCGACUGGAUUCAAACGCGUCGAGUGUUUCCCCUAUUGAACAAGCCCGGCGUCGAGCGACAUUCCCCUCGCCUCUUGAGUUUUACAUUUGCCUCCGCAUUCUGGUUGCCAAGAUUUUGACCUGUUUUUCGUUGUCUUUGUACUUGGAACAAUUCUCCUGUGUCAUUUUAUUAUUAUUAUUUUUUUUUUACUUUCUGUUACAGAGCUGUUCUCUGCCUCAUGAAAUCUCAGUCUGUGCUGCUGUUACUCGUACUGUAAUAUACAUUAGUUACCUCUGACCUGUUUCGGGGCUCAUCACGUCGAGGAACAUUUCAGAUAAAAUGUUCCGUUCAAGUGGUCGCAGUGAAACCGGAUCGGACUCGCUGACCUCAGAAAUCGUCACAUUACUUGAAAUCCGCCAGUGAGGGUUCGUUUGUUUCUCUGAUUAUGAUUUCGAGUUGAAAUUCGGUUGAUGUUGGGAAGUCGUACGUCAAUAAUGCAACCUCUGCUUUGUGCAAUCUGUGUAGCACUCACUUGCUUUGUAAAGCUGCAGUACCACUUAAGGUUUCUCCUUCUAUGCUCAAGUCAGCAGAAACAUAUUUAUUAAGCUACUUUACAGGUGGGAAGUAUUUAACAAACCAACACAAGUGUUUUUCUCUUUGUUUGUAUUUUUUUUUGUCCUGUUACUGAGCACUGGGGCUGAUCUCAUGUCACGCACAGCCCAUGCACACCAGGAGAUUUUAUUACUCUUUAUUCAUAACCUCAUUCCAGCACAUAUUUAUGCAAUAUGAUGUGAAUAUAUAUAUUUUUUUUCUUGUGAAAAGUGUUUGGAGUACUUUGUUGAUAUGACAUUUGUUUUAAUGUUUGGAUGGCCCUCAUCUUGACUUCUUGUGUGUAAAGGUUACCUCCAGGUUUUCUUCUUUUCUGUUUUUUUGUUGCUUCUCCAGAUGCAAACAGUUGCAGUGUCCGUCAAGCAGUUAGAGAAACGAGGACGAGCGGCGGUUCAGUUUGAGUCACUCCUAGAUGAGUCGCUCUCCCUGCGGUUUGCUACGGCGCAUUCGAGGAAGGAAAACGACCGUAGAUAUGGAUAUCUAUGACAUGUGGGGACUUUUGGUUUAAUCCUCAGAGGCGUUUCUAGGAGUGCAUCAAACCUCUAUGCAACAGAUAUUUAUUAAGGGGAAUUAAUUCACUUUUCACUGAAACUAUGCAGAAUGCAAACUUUUAAUUUCAACAGUGAAGAGUUCAGCUUCUCAGGCAAUUUAACUCAGCGAGAGAAGAUUGAUUUCUAGAGCCGUCGACGGGAUGUGACGGGAGCCGUUUUCAGGCCGUCGCGUUUCUUUUUCUCGAGACACUUUGUCCCUCGAAUUCCGUUUCCUCUUCCUAGUUCAGCACACGAAAGCAACAGGGUCUCACUGCCAGCCUCCUCAUGACACACACACACACACACACUUCCCCAAGGGCAGGUCGCCAUUCUCCACUGAGGCUUCAGGUGUCAUUUCUCGCGGUCCCCCUCUCACACUAUGAAUACUGGGUAUUCUUCGAGGUUUGCUCUUUGAAAUGGCAGCGAUGGAGUGUAUUAAUUGCAGAGGAAGUGAGGUGGACGGAGGGGGCGGGGGGCUUUCCGAGCGGUCCUCUCGGUAUGAAUUAGGUAAACACUGCAUGUCGUGAAACUGCACUUGUCCUAGAAUGGUUCGAUAUGAGCUUGUGUUCUACUGUUAGUUUAUGCCUGCCUGUUUUAUACCGUUUAAUCAAGAGAUGUUGUUGAUGAUGAUGAUGAUGAUGAUGAUGAUGUUGGCCUUUCUAUGUCGAUACUUUCAGGAUUUUAUCUCAAUGUCCAUGUUUACAAAAACAGAUCUCUCUAAACAAGGCCAAAUGAAUGAGCUACAAGGACAACGCGCCGAGUUGUGAUAUCAAUGCAUUCUGAUGGGACGGCGCUCCGGGGAGCCGUCCUCUGUUACUGGACUAACAGAUGUACAGACCACCAAGAUAUCUGGUGAAGAAUGUGGAAAUAAACAUUGAA